AUGAGAGCUGUGACAGAUUCAUCUGACAGUGAUGAUAGUGAUGAUUUCGUUGCAUACAUUGAGGCUGAACUAGAAGAAAGUUCAUCAUCAUCAGAUGACGAAGCUGAAAGCCGAAAUGAGUUAGAGGGUUUCAGCAGAACUAAAAAACGUAAGUUUGAAAGCACCGAUGAAAUUGAGGGGUCUACUUCAGAUGGUACCAUGGAACAGAAAUUAGUGCCAUCUUUAAAGGUUGAUGUAUGUAUACAUCCUGGCUCAUUUGCAGGCAUGUGUAUAUGUUGUGGGCAAACAUUGGAUGGGGAAUCUGGUUUGCUAUUUGGGUACAUACACAAGGAACUAAGACUCUAUGAUGAAGAAAUUUCUAGAUUGCGCAAUAUCGACAUGAAGAAUUUAUUGUGCCGUAAAAAGCUUUAUUUGGUCCUGGACCUAGACCACACGCUGCUAAAUUCUUCUUCCCUUGAUCGUUUGAGCCCAGAAGAAAAGCCUAUAAUAACUCAGAAAAGUUAUCUAGAAGGUGGCCUCUUCAUGAUGGAGCAUAUACAAAAGGUUAUCAAGUUGAGGCCCUUUGUCCACACAUUUCUUAAAGAAGCAAGUGAAAUAUUUGACAUGUGCAUAUACACUAUGGGUGAUCGGCUCUAUGCGUUAGAGAUGGCCAGGCUGCUUGAUCCUCAAAAGGAAUACUUCAAUGCUAAUGUGAUUUGUCGAGAUGAUGGAACUCAAAGACGCAAGAAGGAUCUUCGUAUGGUGUUGGAGAAAGAAAGUGCAAUCCUAAUUCUUGAUGAUACAGAACAAGUAUGGCGAAAGCACAAAGAUAAUCUGAUAUUGAUGCAUAGAUACAUCUUUUUCAAUUCAAGUUGUGAGAACUUCGGCUACAAAUACAAAUCACUUGCUGCAUUGCGGAUAGAUGAAAGUGAAGCAGAUGGAGCGCUUGCCAAACUACUCAAAGUGCUCAGACGUAUACACUGCGCUUUCUUUGAAGAAGAUCUUGUUGACAGAGAUGUGAGGCAGGUUUUGUCAUCACUUCGAAGUGAAAUCUUAAGCGGAUGUGUUAUCGUUUUAAGCCGUGCUUUACGUCGUGAGUUGCCAAAACUCAAGAAGAUAGCAAAGAAGCUAGGAGCUACUUGUUUAAAUAAACUUGAGCCCAAUGUGACACAUGUAGUUUCUAACAAUGUUGGAACUAGGGAGUCCCGGUGGGCACUGAAAGAAAAAAAGUUUUUGGUUCAUUCCGGAUGGAUAGAGGAUGCAAAUUUCUUUUGGAAAAAGCAGCCUGAGGAGAAUUUCUCUGUCGACUAA